GAAGUUUAUGGUGACGGGUGGCGUGGUGACCACCUCUGACCUCUCCACUGAAGAAUAAACUCGAUAAAGUUUAGGCCCCUCUUGGCCUCUUCACCUCUCCACUCGAAAUCCCGCCUGCUUUCUCUUUUGCUUUCACUCAUUCCUUUACAAAAUUAUUUUUUCCCUCUUUGAGUCUUUCUUUUUCUUUUUUCCUUCUUACAAAGUCUUUGAAACAAAGGCAGCGCACAAAUCCCUUUUCACUCUUCUGACUCGUUGGAAAACAGAAAUAAUGGAGAGCAACGUUUGACUUCAAAGCUCCUUCUUUCUUCUUUUCAUCUAUAUUAUCCUCGCUCUACCUCUCUCCCUCUCUCAAAAAGACAGAAAGGAAAAAUGGAAGAGGAUUCAGAGUUCAUGAUCGUCGACGAGAAGGGGCUUCCCACUCAUUGUGGGCGUUACGUGAAGUACAACAUUCUUGGCAACCUAUUCGAGGUCUCUUCCAAGUACGUUCCGCCGAUACAACCCGUUGGGCGCGGCGCUUACGGCAUCGUUUGCUGUGCAACAAAUUCCGAGACUAAUGAAGAAGUUGCAAUCAAGAAAAUUGGGAAUGCAUUUGAUAACAGGAUUGAUGCGAAAAGGACACUUCGUGAGAUCAAACUCCUUUGCCAUAUGGACCAUGAAAAUAUUAUCAAAAUCAAGGACAUCAUAUGCCCUCCAGAGAAGGAGAAGUUCAAUGAUGUGUAUAUCGUGUACGAGUUAAUGAACACUGAUCUGCAUCAGAUAAUACGGUCAUCCCAACCAUUGACAGAUGAUCACUGUCAGUACUUCCUCUAUCAGUUACUGCGAGGGCUCAAAUAUGUACACUCAGCUAAUGUUUUGCAUCGAGAUUUGAAACCAAGCAACUUGCUUCUCGAUGCGAAUUGCGACCUCAGGAUUUGUGAUUUUGGGCUUGCCAGGACAACUUCAGAGACGGACUUCAUGACUGAGUAUGUUGUGACUCGUUGGUAUCGAGCACCAGAGUUGCUUCUCAACUGCUCUGAGUAUACUGCUGCAAUUGAUAUUUGGUCAGUUGGUUGUAUUUUGAUGGAAAUUAUUAGGAGGGAACCAUUGUUUCCGGGGAAAGACUAUGUUCAACAGUUGAGACUUAUAACUGAGCUAAUAGGUUCACCAGAUGACUCAGACCUUGGGUUUCUGAGAAGUGACAAUGCUCGAAAGUAUGUCAAACAGCUCCCACGAGUUCCAAAGCAACCCUUCUCUCAGAAGUUUCCUGAUCUGUCCCCCCUAGCCAUUGACCUUGCAGAAAGAAUGCUUGUUUUUGAUCCAAGCAAGCGGAUUACUGUUGAUGAAGCAUUAAGCCAUCCAUAUUUGUUGAGUCUCCACGAGAUCAACGAGGAGCCUACUUGCACAUCACCUUUCGUUUUUGAUUUUGAACAGUCAUCUUUAAGUGAAGAAGAAAUAAAAGAGCUUAUAUGGAGGGAGUCUCUAAACUUCAAUCCGGAUAAAAUGGUGUAAAUCAUAAUUUGGAUGUGUUUCUUUGGUUCAUUCAGUUGCUUAAUUCUUUAUGUUAUAAUCAAGGUCUCGUUUGGCUUGGAAGAUCAAGUAGAUAUUCUACAUAUGUAUGUGAUUUGGCUUCUGUGAGAAUAUUUUUUACGAGGGCUUCUUACCUGUCGGAGAAGAUUGUAUUGAGUUGGUAAAAGUCACCGGAAACCACCACUUCUGCAUCAGUAUAUUAUGGGGAAGCUUUGGGAUUCUGCUUCUUGGCAAAUCCAACCCCCAAGCAUCCUUCACCGGAAAAUGUUCUGUACAUUAUGAGUUGGGGUGUCAAUAAAAAGGACGGAAAUUGCCGAUGUUCGCCAACAACGUGUGGUUAUUCUGCAGAUUUGAAUGCACAGCUCUCUGGAUGGAACCUGAUUAUGAGCUAGUUUUGGAUUUAGUAGUGAUUGGAUUAUAGUAAUCCAACUGUAUGAUCUCUUGUAUGUGAUUUGUGGCAUAAAAUUUGUAAACCAGCUGAGAAUCUUGGUCAACAAUUUACUUCAGUAUUCCUUUGGAACUCUCUUAUGCUGCA